CCCCCAGCGGCGCCGGGCGGGCCGGGAGCGGCGUGGUGCGGGGCUGGCGGCGGGACGGGGCGGCCAUGGCGCUGCCGCUCCUGCCCGGGGUCUCCCGCGACCCGAACAUGGGUAAAGAAAAGUUCCAUAAGUCACAGCACUGGGGUUUCUGCAAUAAUGUUGCUAUGCUGGUUGCAGAAGAUAAGCCUGGAAUAGGAGGUGAACCGUUACCUGGUCAGAAGCUGAAACCUGAAUACAGUGUGUUUCCUAAAGGGAUGGGAAGUGAUGCUCCUGCUUGGAUAGCAUUUGACAAGCAGGUAUUGUCUUUUGAUGCCUAUUUUGAGGAAGAAGUGCCUGACAAAAAUCAAGAGCUGUAUAGAAUCAGACAUUGUAAAAUAUACUUCUACCUUGAGGAUGAUACAAUUCAAGUGAUUGAACCUCAAGUGAAAAACAGUGGCAUAACUCAAGGAACUAUUGUUCGACGGCAUCGGAUUCCACUUCCACCUCCUCAUGAAGAUCAGUUCUAUACUAUAGAUCAUUUCAAUAUCAACAUAGAAGUAAUCCUUUAUGCCCGAAGAUACAAGAUUAUAGAUUGUGACCAGUUUACAAAAAAUUUCCUGAGGAAGAUGGGAGUUAGAUUAAAUCCUCCUGCAGAUCGUCCAGAUGACCCAUACACCAAAGAGCGGCAAAAGAUUCUGGAAAGUAUGAAGCCAUUGCGCCCUUAUGAGCGCAUUGACACUUUGAAACAAUUUCUGGAGCAUGAUGGACAAGUUUUACGUUUUUUCUGUGUGUGGGAUGACCCAGAAUCCAUGUUUCAUGACCCACGGGAACUUGUUCUACACUAUUAUUUGUCUGAUGAUACUAUUGAUAUAAAAGAAAUUAUACCAGUAAAUUCAGGCCGGGAUGCAGUUCCACUUUUCCUCAGAAGAGAUAAGCUUCCGAAGUAUGCUCCCACCGGGCUGUAUCAGCCAGGCACAAUCACCAGUCGCACUGUUCUUAAUGUGUUUGGAAAGUUAGUAGGAAACAGAGGCCGUUACAUUCUGGACAAUCGUAAGACAGGAGCAGUGCAUCAGGAAUUUUACAGAGACAGUGACCUGAAAAUAGGGGCAGUAAUUAAUGUUUGGGGAAGGAAGAUAAUACUCUGUGAUUGUGAUGAAUUCACUAAAGAAUAUUACAGGACAAAGUACGGAAUUGAGGAUUUCACCCCAGUUGCAUAUAAGGCUCCGCCACCUCCAAAACCAGAAAAAACGUUUCCUCCUUAUACUGGAUUUGGUUCUGAAGAGGAUUCUCUGUGCUCCUGUAUGAGUCUGCUUCUCAAGCCUCCUCAAAAAGAUUUCAAGAAAUUCAUGGAGAAAGACAGAAGUGGAAUGGAAAGUAACAUUCUGCGCUUUCUUGCAAAACUUGUCACAGAUAGUCCUAUUGACAAGGAUCGGAAAUUCAUUAUUUCCUAUUUCCUGAGUGAUGACACCAUUUCAAUUUUUGAACAGGUACAGCAAAACACAGGGAUACUUGGUGGGAAGUUCUUGGAAAGAGGUCGCAUUAAGAAGCCUGGGCAGGAGCUCUUUAAGAGUGAGCCAUCCGAGUACUUCAAGGCUCAAGAUCUGUUUGUUGGAGCCAGAGUUUGUUUCCAUGGUCACAACUUUCUUUUGGUGGAUGCUGAUGAGUACACAUUCAACUACAUGGAGAAGCAUGCAAAUGAGUUCUCCAUGGCUGAUAUUGGUAUCAUCCUCAAGAAACUAAAAGACACAGCCGAACCUCGUUCCCGAGAGAUCAGACAGGUGUUUGCAGCCGCUGACCCUGAGCGUAGCAAGGUGAUUGAGUAUGAACCUUUCAGAAAUUUGAUAGCCAGCAUCACUGAUGGAGCAUUUUCAGAACAUGAAAUUAUCACUCUUGGGCGCUAUUACAGUGUGAGAGAGGAAUAUGAAAUGGACCUCCACUUCCUCCUUGCAGUGGCUCAAGAACAACUAAAGAAAAAUAGCUUUGAGAAUUUUGAACAACUGUCUGCAGUGUUUUUAUACAACGACCGUGAGAAAUGUGGAGCGCUGCCCCAUGAGAUGUGCAGGACUAUUUGCAAGUCCUUUAAGUUGCCACUGGCUGAUGAUGAUCUGCAGGCUUUACUGACCAUGUUUGGAGAUGACCAUAAGCAAGUGGAAUAUAAAAAGUUUGUGGAUGGGCUGAACUGGAGAGAGAAUCAAAUCCCUGCUUUCCAGACAAUAAAGAGUGAAGAUGACUUGAGCGGACAACCACCAUCCCUUCCUGUGAAAGGGAUCAAAUACUUACCUCUUCUGGAUGAUCUGUUUGGCAAGGAAGAAUAAUCUGAUCUGUGCAAGGCGCUGCUUUUGGAUUAGUGUUUCAGCUCCAAAGUUUAUUUAGACAGAUACUGAAAAACAUUCCUUGUAAAACAAAAAAAUCAGAUAUAAGUUUUAUUGCAUGUAAUUUCUUAUUCCAACAUAGAUGUAUACUUUGUGUGUUUUUGUAACUCCUUCUAAAUCAACAGUACUCUUUCAUACUUAUACAAGCAUAAUUAAAACUGUAUCCUCUAAUCUUUGUGUCUGGUUAUAUGGAGAAUUUACAAGUAUUGAGAAAUCUUUGAGUCAAACAGAGCAAAAUCUGACUGACCCUGCUUUAUUCUGCAAACAAAAGAGGUUGUUGGAUGACCUCUUAAAAUGCUAUGUCGGACUGUAUUAGCACAAUAAGGUAAUACCAUUCAAAUUUCCUCUCUUGCUCUUUAUCUUAUAUCUGGUUUUGCUGUAUCCCUGUGGUGACGCUUAAGUACUGUUUGCACCAAAGUUCAUUAUUUUAUGGAGGAAAUACUAGCAGGGUUUUAGCACAGUAUAAAGUUGCUCUAGUAUCAGAGAUAAUUAUAGCCUUCCAAUGUAGAAGUAAGUAUUUUGCAGCCACAGCACGGAAACUAUCAGUUCUUGCUUUUUGUUUUAAACGUAACUCAGAUUUGUAACCACCCAAGUUUACUUAAGUGAGACAUGUAUGAAGAGAAGGUGUUUCAGUACAAUUUUAGUGUGCAACUUUCUUGCAGUAGCACUGUACUUGCCCUUUGAAAAUUAAUUGAUGCCUUUCUCUUUGCUCAAAGUUGCAGUGACUAAAUGGAGUUCCUGUUAGCAUUUUUGUAUCUUUUUAAGAUUAUGCCAGCUCAAAGCCAUGAUUAGAUCUGAAUUUAGUGCAUGCUUUUGUGAGAGAAGUAAUUACCUCAGUUUAACGAAUGGAAAGCUGAGGUGAAGGGGAGAGCUGACUCAUCCAUGGUGAUUCCACAUGGGAAUGGGAAGAAGUGUUAGUCAGCGCAUCUCUGCUGGUGGCUGGAAAACUCACACAGUCAGUAGACUGGGAACCCUGCCCUUUCUCUAAUCUGAAAUUACAAUUUGCGGAGGAAGUGUUUGAUUUAGAAGGAUGAGAAUUAAACAUAUCUAACUUCCUAGUUCAAAGAAUGACUUAAUUCAGUGAUUCUGUAUCUUUUUGGAAACUUGGAGAUCCCUUUUAGAAUUAUGAUUCCAUUUAGAAAUACCUUGCUGCACUUUUGCGUGAUAGUGUAAAUGAAAUUUCUAAUUGUAUUCUCUCUAGCCCCUCCAGCUCCUUAGAAGAAAUUCUUUUCCGUCCAUAUGGCAAAAUAUGAAGCUUGUGGCAGUUUUUUACCUUUGUGAGUAAAAAAGGACUUGAGGCAAGGCAUAAUUAUGUGUGUCGCUGCUGCUUAGGAAGAUGUUUGCAAUAAAAUGGGAAAAGCCUCAUCGAAGUGCCUGGACUUCACAGUUUUUGAACCUCUCUGCUGCGGGCCUUUUUUCUCCAUUUUGACAGCUAAAUGGAUUUUAGGGAAGAGCGACUGCUUGCCUGGAGGUUAAUACAAGCAGAGCUUUUGUAGCUUAUGCCUCUUUCCAUUUGGAGCUGAGGGAAGUGAUUAAGCCAUUUGCAAUAAAAAAUUA